GGGCGUGGCUUCCCUGCAGUUGUAAACAACAUGGAUGACUCGUGUAGUAAACAAACAGAGAAGGAUAAGAAACAAUCUGUAAACAUUAUAUCUGAGGUAUCAAAGUUUGCUGAUGAAAACCUUACUUUUAUCCGGAGCAUCAGCACAUGUCUCGGUGUAGUUGGUGUGAUUGUAAUAGCAAGGAGCAUCAGGCUGAUGACCAAAUUCUGCUCCCCGUCUGAAAUCCCGUCUCGCUUCAUUGAGAAAAACGUCAGCCUUAGAGGAAAAGUCAGAAGUGUGACAGAAAGAGGGCUAGAAGUGGAACACGUCCCGAUACACAUCCCUUUAUUGUCUCCGUUGCUGUCUAAACGUCAGGUCGCGACCCCGCUUCGCGUGUGUUUGGCCGGCGUGGAUUUGACCCCAGAGGGCCACGACUGGCUCAACAAGACACUGAGGACAGACGAGACGGUGUGGUUACGACUCAUCAGCCGACAAGACGAGAGCCUCCACUGCCUGGUGUCACUCAGUGAGCGUCUUCUGUUUAACCUGUGUAUAAACGAGGAGAUCCUGCGCCUGGGGCUGGGCAGGACGGCGCCUCUCCACGGCCUCGACCCUCGCUCUCGUCUUUACUGGAGAAUUCACACACGGCUGCUGAAGUGCGAGCUCAGGGCCGAGAGGAAGGGCCAGGGCCUCUGGGAACAGGAGAGUCUGAGAGAAAAGCUCACACAAGUUAUCAGAAAUAACUCCAUCGUCGCAGCCGUGUGGAGAAUCAUACAGUGGGUGUCGAGGACGAAGGACAGGUGAAGACGUGACGUGCCAUGGACUUCUGAGAUACGUGCUGGCUUUCAGUUGUUGUGUUAUGCGAGAUAUUAAAAUCUGAGUGUGGAUUGUGUUUUUCUCUUUCUCUCUCUCUCUCUCUUUUUUUUUUGGACACAUGUUUUUAACCUGCAUGUUAUUCUCACGUGAGCUUUCUUAAGGACCUGAUCCCAGCCUAGCUGCUGAACCCGCCUUCCACUCGUGUCUUGGGAUAAUCCCGAGAUCCUGUAAGCUUCUCCUCUCUUUCCACUUCAUCUACUCAUACCCUCUCUCACUCCCCCACAUAUCCCACAAUGCCCCUGGAUUGUAAGUAGGUGGUGGAGGAGUGUAUUGUCACAGUGAUAAAGCAGUAUGACUCUGCUGGUGAACCCACACAUAGACAAUAAGGAUGGGGUGAUGGGGGGUGCCGUCGUCAUAGAAACACCAAAUCCAGAAGACAAAGUGCACUAGGGUCCUAGGGGCCCUGGACCACAAGAAGGGGGAGAAAUGAAAGAGAGUAGGGAGAAGAAUGAACGGGAGAAACAGGGCAAACUUUUGGUGUUUCAGAAGAUCCUUUUUAUUUAAAUGAAUUACAUGAUGUGAAGUAAAUAUAACCAGUCGUCUAAUAUAACAGUGUAUCACAGUGACUUCAUAUUUUACACUCUGAAUCAAUGUGAUGCAAUUUGUCAAGACUAAUAAUAAUAAUAAUAAUAAUAAUAAAAAAAUAGAUGCUGUAAACGGUCGUUCCUUCAUCAAACUUUUAUAUUUCUCAUAUUUCUUCUCACUUUAAUAAAUAAUAAAUAAAUAAAAGCUUGUCAUGUUAGUGAGAAACCACAAAACACAACCUUCUCUGUCCUGAAGACUUUCCUCCUUCUGGAAAAAAAAGUCACUAGAGUGACGUAAAAGUGAUUGUUUUGUUUGAUUUCAACAUUUUUUUCACUGUUAAAUUACAAAAAAAAUGAAAUAUAAAUGAAAUAUAAAUUACUGCCAGAAGCUGCGGUAUAAUCACGUUUAACACGUGAAAUCUAACACUUUUUAUAUUUUUAAUGGGGCCAAAAUAAAAGAACAAAUACAGUUCAAUUGGGUUUUUACAUUUCUAGAAUAUUCAGAUCAUUGUAGUGCAUAUAAAUAUAUAUUG